AUGAGUAGUCGCGGCGGUAAAUUAGCCCCAGAAGUCAAUCGAGCUCUGUUCGUAAAGAACUUGAGCUACAACGUCACUCCGGAGGAGUUGUUCGACCUUUUCGGAAAAUUUGGCCCAAUUCGCCAGGUUCGACAGGGUAUCGCGAGCAACACCAAGGGCACAGCCUUCGUCGUCUAUGAGGACGUAAUGGAUGCGAAGCAAGCCUGCGACAAGCUCAACGGCUUCAACUUCCAGAACCGAUACCUCGUUGUACUAUACCAUCAGCCCGACAAGAUGGCCAGGUCAAAAGAGGACCUCGAAGCCCGCCGCGAGUCUUUAGCUCAGCUCAAGAAACAGCACGGUAUCGAUUGA